AUGGCGAAAGUCGUAGCAGCAGCCGUUUCUAAAUUUCUUGUUCGUUCACCUCAUCUUCAGAAUCUGGUUGCUCCAGCUUCCUUGAAUAUACAACAACGACGAAACUAUGCAAAGAAGAGGAUUGAAGUGGCUAAUCCUGUCGUUGAACUCGAUGGUGAUGAAAUGACACGGAUUAUCUGGGAGAAGAUUAAAGAAAGGCUCAUCUUUCCCUAUGUGAAUGUUGAUUGCAAGUAUUAUGAUUUGGGUCUGCCUUAUCGUGAUGCCACAGAUGACCAGGUGACAAUUGAUGCUGCCCAUGCCAUCCUCAAGCAUAAUGUUGGCAUAAAGUGUGCUACGAUCACCCCAGAUGAAGCCAGAGUUGAAGAAUUCAAGCUGAAGAAAAUGUGGCUGAGUCCUAAUGGUACCAUCAGAAACAUCCUUGGUGGCACAGUCUUCAGAGAACCCAUCAUUUGCAAGUCCAUUCCUCGUCUUGUCCCUGGUUGGACUCAGCCAAUCACUAUUGGCAGACAUGCUCAUGGUGAUCAGUACAAAGCAACUGAUCUUGUGAUUCCUGGACCUGGAAAACUCGAAAUGGUCUUCACCCCUGAAAAUGGUACCGAGAACAGAAUAACCAUUUUCAAUUUUAAGGCAGGUGGAGUCGGUAUGGGAAUACUCACCUGGGUCUGUUCACUCUCUCUCUCUCUCUCUCUCUCCACCCUCCCUAACCUCUCUCACCACCCCUCCCCCUCUCUCUGCCACCCUCCCUUCCUCUCUGCCACCCUCCCUUUGGGGAUCUCUGCCACCCUCCUACCUCUCUCUGCCACCCUCCCACCUCCUCCUACCUCUCUCUGCCACCCUUUUUAUCUCUGCCACCCCUUACCUCUCUCUGCCACCCUCUCCUCCUCUCUCUGCCACCCUUACCUCUCUCUGCCACCCUCCCCUUUACCUCUUUAUUCCCUCUCUCUCUGCCAAGGUCCACACCUCUCCUUGCCAAAAUCCCUUAAAUCUCUCUGCCACCCCCCCCUUAUAAAAAUCUCUGCCACCCUUACCUCUCUCUGCCACCCUUACCUCUCUCUGCCACCCUUACCUCUCUCUGCCACCCUUACCUCUCUCUGCCACCCUCCCCACCCUCUCUCUCCCCACUCUCCACCCUCCCUUACCUCUCUCUGCCACCCUCCCUUACCUCUCUCUGCCACCCUCCCUUACCUCUCUCUGCCACCCUUACCUCUCUCUGCCACCCUUACCUCUCUCUGCCACCCUUACCUCUCUCUGCCACCCUCCCCCCUUACCUCUCUCCUUGGUCGCAUUUGUUAUAUCAUUUCUGACUUGUCCUGA